CAUACCCCAAACCUUCAAAAUAUCUUCAAGAUGGUUAUGGUUGUCACGAACGAAGCUUGACUCCUUAUAACAAAUUUGAUAGUUGGCUGCUUUUACCACUGCACAUAAAAAGCCCCUGGAUCAAGGCCCCCAAAACCAGCUAGGAAAUAUCUCCGCCUAAGAACAGAUACGGAUUUUAGGCGCCAUCGCAAACUGGGUUUCCGAGCUGAACGCGUUAAAUUCACUUUGAAUACCCUGUCAAAUUACCCUAAUAUAUUCUUAACAUCGGAUCGCGUUCGUGGGAAGAGGAUCACCAGCCAUGGACGGGGACGAGAGUGGAUGGGAGAUGUCGGACAAUGAGGUAUACAAAGGCGACAACACUUUGGCCUCGUCACAUUGCACCACAGCAUCCGGAAGAUCAAAUUUCCUUGAGGUGCCCGGCAACGGCAUGACGUCGUCCUCGAAUUACUCCACAGCUCCUCGGAGGCCAAAGACGCGUCAUUCAGCAAUAUCGCCAACAGGCCAUGCCGACGCCCAACCAUCAAUUGACAGCCAUAGCCCUUUAAAUAGUGAAUUUGAAUCAACAAAUAUUCACCCGGAGCGUGUGAUAUUCAAUGGAUAUCUCUUGUAUCUCAGAAACAAGAAAUGGGUUCGGCAGUGGAAAAAGUUUUGGGUUGUUCUUCGGGUGGGCAAACUAGCAUUCUAUAAGAAUGAACAGGAGUAUUCGGCAAUGAAGAUAAUUUCCAUUGACGAGGUGAUCGAUGCCGCCGAUAUCGACCCGAUUUCCCGAUCCAAAGUGUUCUGCUUCCAAAUUAUCACCGAAGACACUAGGUAUAGGUUUUGCGCUCUCGACGAAGCUGCCCUUGGGAAAUGGCUCGGCUCGUUGAAAUUUGUGUUGACAAGAGCUCUCGGAGCGCCGCGCUGUCAACCCUCUAGUUCAGAUGUUCCAGACUCUUCCCUGGAAAUGCGAUGAACCAUACUCUCUACUCCGCACCUUGUUGGUGAAGCUUUCAUAUCAGCCCCGUCAGUUCCUCGCUCAAGGAACACUCGAUUUACUGCGCGCAUGUAUUUUUUCAGCAUUGCGAUAUGGCAAAAAAUUCCUUCCCCCUCAUCCCAUAUUUUUGCAUUGCUAUUGGGAUAUAUGAACGCUAUCUACGUACUCCGUAUUGGUUGUGGGGUGUUCAAUGGUCUCCUGAUGACGCUGGCGACUCUCCGUAUUCUUCGGAAACAAGAUGUAUUUACAUGGGCGAGCUGCGUGGCAUUUUUAGAAUGAUGGGCUACCUUUUAAAUAGCAGGCUUUGAUACCCUUUAAUGUUCUGCUUAAGACAAUGUUCUAUAAUUAUUCCCUUUGGUUUUGGUAUCCUUGGACAUUCUAAGUUUUUCCCAGAAUGAUACAGAAUAUUUUUAG